GUCGUGGACACCACAAUUACAUUGCAUUACGGAAUCGGCUGCUUGUCGAGUACAUUGUUUGCCGCAUAAACUUUGUGAAAUUGGAAAGAGAAAACACUGAAAGAGGAGAGAAAGAUGCAGGAAACUUCUUCUGAUCCAAAAAACACAGGGCAGCUGAGUGCCUCCAUGGCUCCUCCCGUUGCUGUUGCCAACACAUGCCAUGGCGAAGAGGUGGCGGCCGGCGACGUGGAAAGCAACCCAAAAGAACCAGAAGAUUGCUGCUCUCUGGACCAGAACAAGUUUGCGGAGGCGCCGAAGUUGUGUCAUGCCGAAUCAGAUUUGGCCCACUUGGGGUAUGACCGAACCUGUGGAGACUCCAAUUUCAACAUUCACACAGAUCUGGAAGCCUUUGCAGCAGAGUUGGCCCAUCUACCAACUCCCACUACUACUACUACUAUUACGCAAGCGGGUUAG